CUGAUGAAAAAAGCCCUCUCCCGACUGACCCAAAAAAUACAGCGUAUGACGAAAAUGGCCCACAGUAGACAAGUCCGGAGCUACGAGGCCCGGAAUGGGAACGCUGGGCCUCGACCCCAAUAUAAAUUAGGGGACAUCCUGCAGGUGAGGAAAUGUGCUCGCCAAGGAAAGUUAGCGCCACGAUUCUUCGGGCGAUUUCGCGUAGUCGAGCUCUGUCCCAGUGGAGUGAACACGGUGUGGCUUGCGCUGGAGGUGUCGGGAAGUCGAUCGGCUCGACCGAUCAUUCGACACGGGGUGCUACCUUCGUCCUCUUCCCUCUUCCCCUUCUCCUCCUUCGUCUGCAUUGUCCCUCGACCAAGACGAGGACGACGACUCUCUAGAAUCCUCCUUUCUCUCUCAACCAUCGUCUUCGACCCCGCCUCCAUGGCCAUGAGCUUUUCGACGGAGCAGGUGAUCAGCGAGCGACUUAUGGUACCUGGGGGAACCUUCUCAGCAAUUCGGCAAGUGUGGCAUCCUCGGUUGAGUCCGGAUCUUCUCCGAUUCGUGGCCUUCUUCAGUACGACAGCUAUUCACGCGGCGGCGGAGUUCCUGUUCAGGCAGUCCGGAGUGGCACGAGUGUUGGCCGAGGUAUCGGCCUUCUUGCGCCUAUCUCCUCCAUGCGAGAGCCACGUAUCAGUCAUCGUCGUCUUUACAGGCAACCUCACGACGUUACAUCCAGCACGGCACACUGCCGUCCUUCGACAACUACGAGACUGGUGGUGGCAAGCCUAUGCGGCGCUCAGUUUUUGCCUCCUCGAGGUCACCUUCCAUUGGGCGGCACCCACCGACAGAAGUGCGGAGGACGAGAUCCCCGACGACGAGGUGGAGUUGCUGCUUAUCCAGGGGGGGGGAAUGGACACGGAGGGAGAUUUCUUGGGGAUCGUGUUCGAAGAAGUGCGCGAUGACCAUCUAAGCUCCAUUACGAAUGAGAUGCUGGUGUUUCUAACCCAAGUGCUGGACGACCUGUCGUUGGAGAUCCUCUCGCAUUGCGACGAGAGACCAGGGACAGCCACACUCGCUCGUACCCUCGAGCCGCAUCUUCUUUGGUCCACCUGUACGGAGUUGGAGGGGAACGGCUACGACUUACCCCCGAGGGGUGCGUACUUGAUCGUCGACGUCACAGACCUCUCCACGUGGGAUCCGCUCAUCCGGCGCAUCCCUAUAGGAGAAACCAGUGAGGAGACCGAGGAGGAAGAGGGAAGUGAGGGAGGCGGUCACCUCCAGUCUACGGAAGGGGAGACGACGCCAGAGAAGGAGGAAUCGGGAGACGAAUCCGACGACCCCGAUUAUUAAGAAUCGGGGGACGCUGAGUCGGAGGAGGCCAGUUUGGAAGAAGCGGAGGAAGAAGGUGAAUCGGGGGGAUCAAGUGGCCCCGACGAAUUAAGCAGAAAGGAAAGGGAGGCCGUGGCACAGACGGUACGACCAGCAGCGGAAGGGAAGUGGCCGAUUGAAGAGUCAGGAGGGCCACCACCGCAACUGCUGCAGGACAAUCCGGCGCGCAAUCCAGAGCUGCCGCAGGAGGAAGACGAACAAGAUGACGUCACCGCGGAGGGAUCAAGAAGUUGGCGCCCCCGAAGAAGUCGAUCGCCCUCCCAAUCCUCCCCAGUUCGACCCGCAGCCCUUCGCU